UUAUACAUGUUCCCGUGCGCGGGCAGGGGCUCAGAAGCUAGCCGAUAGCUAGCUAGCAGUUUACAACAAAAUGCACAUGUUUCCGCUGGACGAGGGAGCGCUCUAGGAUCAACACACAGUGACACGUGAAAUGACCAGGUUUGUGGAGCUAUUGGGGAAACCGCGGGAGAAUUUUCGCCCUUUUUAAUGACCCGCAAACCCCACAUUUUUUGCGGCCCCUGGAGCCACAGCGCUGGAACAAGAGAACAUCCGAGCACCGUGUGCGGAUGUGAAGAAGGGACCCUAAUGUUGUUUGGGGGAGUAACUGUUAGCUAAACCCGCGGAAGACCGACGUUUAUCGGAAAUACUAGCGGGCUCGACUGCACGCUCCGGAUACCGCUUGAAGGGUGCAAAUGAAGUGAAAGAAGGAGAUGUUCUGAGUCUGUUCUCUACACAGGACUUCCCAUCUGUACUACACUGAAUAUUCUGUCACAGUCCAUUCACAAGUACCCUUGCCAGUUCAUCAGCGCCACUUGCUAUAAUGGAUUGGGCCACACCAGCUGCCAAACUGAAUCCCUACACCCGAGCCCGAAUGUCAGAGGCCUGGCAGCAGCAUGCAGUCGCUCCACCUCCAGUCGUCCACACCAUUCCUCCAGGGGCCGAGAGUGCGCUGGGCUGUGCUGUGUAUGGCAUCGUGCUGCAGCCAGACGCCACGUCUUUGCAGCAGCAGCAGACCCAGCAUGGGCAGCACGGCCAACACAGCCAGCAACACAGCGGGACUCAGCAGCUUGGAGGCGGGCAGCACGGUCAGCAGCAGCAGCACCCCGCCCAGGCCCAGCAGACCUCCCUACAGGUAGGGACAGAGGGUGGACACAAGUGUGCGGCCUGCGGACACGACAUCUCCCACCUGGCCAACCCCCACGAGCACCAGUGCAUGGUGAAUCAGGACAGGUCGUUCCAGUGCACCCAGUGCAUGAAGAUUUUCCACCAGGCGACGGACUUGCUGGAACACCAGUGUGUUCAGGUGGAGCAGAAGCCGUUCGUGUGUGGGGUGUGCAAAAUGGGCUUCUCCCUGCUCACCUCUUUAGCCCAGCACCACACGUCCCACAACAGCACCAACCCAAUGAAGUGUUCCAUAUGCGAGAAGACCUACCGACCCGGCUCUUCCGGCAACGUCACACCAAACUCAACCAACGCGCAGCAGCCCAGCAGCGACGGAGCGUCGGCAAGCAGCAGCUCCUCCAUCCUACCCUUCCCCUCGGCGCGGGACCGGCCCUACAAAUGCUCCGUUUGCCAGAAGGGCUUCAAACACCUGUCGGAACUCACGCGGCACGAGAGGGUGCACACGGGUGAGAAGCCCUUCAAGUGCGACACCUGCGACAAGGCCUUCAGCCAGUCAUCCCACCUGCAGCACCACCAGCGGACGCACAGCAGCGAGCGGCCGUUCAAGUGUGCCGUCUGUGAAAAGAGCUUCAAGCACCGCUCCCACCUUGUGCGCCACAUGUACGUGCACUCCGGCGAGCACCUGUUCAAAUGCAACUUAUGCGAGUUGCACUUCAAGGAGUCGUCCGAGCUCCUUCACCACCCCUGCCACCCGCAGGGUUCCCGCCCGUUCCGCUGCGCCACGUGUGGCAAGGGUUUCAAGCGGCCGUCGGACCUCCGACAGCACGAGCGCACUCACUCAGAGGAGCGGCCCUUCCACUGCGACGAGUGUCAGAUGAGCUUCAAGCAGCAGUACGCACUGGUGCGCCACCGACGCACGCACAAAGACCCUUCCGACCGGCCGUUCAAAUGCAAUCUGUGCGACAAGGGCUUCAUGCAGCCCUCUCACCUCCUCUACCACCAGCACGUCCACGGCAUGGACAACCUGUUCAAGUGCGUCUCCUGCCACAAGGAGUUCAGCCAGUCGGGAGAGCUGCUCAGACACAAGUGCGGCGAGUCGUCCAACUCCUCGCCCGACAAGCCGUACAAGUGCGACGUCUGCGGCAAGGGCUACAAGAAGAGCUCUACGUUGCAGCGUCACCAAAACUCCCACUGCCAGGAUAAGCCCCUCAAGUGCUCGCUGUGCGACCGCCGCUUCCUGUCCUCAUCAGAGUUCGUCCAGCACCGCUGCGACCCGUCGCGGGAAAAGCCGCUGAAGUGCCCCGACUGUGAGAAACGUUUCAAGUACUCGUCGGACCUGAACCGACACCGGCGCGUGCACACUGGGGAGAAGCCGUACAAAUGCGACCACUGCAACAAGGGCUUCAAACAGCGCGAGCACAUGACCAAACACCAGAGCACACACUCCAGAGAGGGCCAGUUCAAGUGUGUUUGGUGCGGGGAACGUUUCAGUGACUUGGGCUCUUUGCAGGACCACACGGUGCAGCACACAGCCGAAGGAGGGGGUUACCCAGUGCCCCAGUGUUUAUAAAUCCUCCAAGACUUUUAAACAGACAGUACCCUAAAUGUCUGUCCUCUUGUCCCCCUUGUAGGCUAUUUAUUCAGCCUAACUAUCUCCAUAUUUGCAGGACAGUCCAGGCUAUUAUCUUUGAAUUAAUUCCCACCAGAUAUACAUCAAGUUUUUGUUGCUUUACUAACCAGCCCAAAGCCCUUUAGUACUGUGACCGUGUCAUUCCAUAAGAUCCUGAGCUGCACCCUACUUUGUGUUCCACCUCUUUUGCUUCUUAUACCUGUCCUCUCCCCCUUUUUUUUUUUCUGGCCCACGAUCAGGCGGUUGAUAGCAGUGAAGAGGCCACAACCCCUUAAACUCCAUCGGUCAUACUUAGACGGUUCCACUACAGCUGGAGCAUUCACUUGUUUUUUCCUUUCCUCCUCUCCCUCUUUUUCUCAGAUGACAUCUCUUCCACUCACUUCAGUUUCUCGCUCGUUCUUCCUCUCACCUUUUGCUUUCCUCCUCUUCCUGUCGCAGAACACCGGGAAGUUUUGACCAACUCCUCAGACACACAUGUACUCACAUUCAUUUGUCUUUGGUCAGGUAAAGGUUGAUUUAAAAACGCUUUUGGUUUUUGAUCCCAAACAGACUCCCUGCGUCCAUAACCCCUUUGUUUAUUUUAUUUGAAAGGUGCUAAAUUCAAAAUGUAGGGAGUUAAUUUGGCAGCAAACAACAAUUUGCUAUGUUAAGAAGUAGUGAAGUGAUGAACCUGUGCAGAAAAUGACAUCGCUCUCUAUUGUUGUGUGUUGUUAUCUAGGUUUCUCUAUCAUAUGUUUACGUUUGCCGGUCCGGAUGGCACGAGCUUGUCAGUGCACUUGAGCGUGCCCAACAGGCUUAUGGCCGCCGCUCUGCACUGUGCUUGUAUGGCGGUUACAGCUGAUAACAAUUCCCAGACCCACGUCGUCAACAUGGAAGCAUAGCCCCCAUCCUUCGGUCCUCAGGUUAACACCUUUAGCUCUGUCCGCACUGUCGCCGUUGUUGGAACUGUUAAAGCUGUUAACACCGUUAGCUGCAAGCCGUCGGCAUGUGGAGGCAAAAGAUAAGAUCUGGAUUUGAAAUUUAGCACCUUUUUGACAUAUUAUUUAUGAAGUAGCCAGUAAAAUCCUGGAAGUAUGUGAAGGGAAAAGUGUGUGGGGUGGGAUUUAUUGUCCUCUAGUGAAGUAAUUUCAAUGAUAAAAUGUCUUUUAGCGUAUGUGUGGGCCAUGACUUCUAUGGCUGCUCCCGUUUGUACCAAAACACCAGUAUGAAGCAGCAUGCGAUCCCAAAAGUGUGCAAACAAACCAGCCAGCUGAAGUUAACCAUCAAUAAAAAAAAAACUGAUGAUUGAUGCCAAUCUCACCCUUCAGUACAGACAAAUAUAUAAAAUAUACAUAUAUAUUUCACAUUAAUAUAAUGGUCAUAUUCCUACAGAUGUCUGUCAGACUUCUUGUACUAAAAGUGUCCAAUUUGGAACAUUAAACUCCAUCUCUCAGCCUGUACAUACUAUGGAUGUGUGUGUGUGUGUGUGUGUGUGUG